AAGCAUUACAACAUCAACAUUUUCUAAAAUGGCUCUGCGUUUUGCUCUGAUCUUCCUAGCACUUCUUGUGUUGGUGUACGCACCGCUGCCCACAUCAGCGGCACCCCUAGAGCUAAACGAGGCUGCUUUGGCGGAGGGCAAUAUCAUUCCUGAGUUGGGACCGACACCGUCACCUACACCAUCGGAGCCAGGCAAACAAAAGCAGCGCACCUUCUUCCUGUUGCUGCCGCUCCUGUUUCCCGACCAGUUUUACUUUUAACGUAAGCCACAGACAGGCCACUGAGUUAACUAUGAUAUAGAUUUGAAAAAAAGUAAUAAAGUUUAAACUUUUA